AUGGUCAGUAAAGAUGAUGUAAAAGGAAUGGUUACUUCAAUCGUUACCGAAUUAAAGGGUGAACUAAAAAAUGAAAUCCUCGCUGAAGUCAAAGAGUCACUCAUACCUGAAGUUAAACAGAGCGUGACGGAGCAGGUAAAGAAAGAAUUCGGGGAAAAGAUAGACAAAAAAACAAAGGAGUUUCAAGAUCAGACUAAAGAUAUCUCAGAGGGGUUUAAUUUAGAGUUUGAAACACUGAAAGAAAAGUUUCACGAGCAAGCAAAAGAACUCAGGGCCCUAAAAGAACAUUUGAAACGCUAUCAAUAUUUGACUGAAACAGCAGUUACUUUAGCAAACAGCAAUCAGCAGUAUUCGCAAAAGGACAAUAUUAAGUUCACCAAAUGGAAUGAGCAAGAAAACGAAAAUCUGCGUGCAGAGCUCUGUGCAAUCUUGAAGGAGACAGUCAACGUUGAUCUACAACCAACAGAUAUACUGGCCAUACACAGAGUCCCAGGAUCGGGUGGUAAUGUCGGACCACGGCCAGUCAUCGCCAAAUUUAGAAAUACCGAGACGAAAGUGAUGGUCAUAAAGAAUCGCUCAAAUGCGGAGUUGAAGAAGCGCUUUGUGAUGCACGAUCACGUAACUCCUAUGAAUGCCAAACUUAUAAAAGACUUGAACGAGGACGAGCGUAUUAAAAGUGCUUGGUACUUUAAUGGCAAAGUGUUUGCGUUGGACUACGAUGGAGACAGACACCGAUUUGACAUCCUGGACAGUGUGUCUGACAAACUUAAACACAAAUAG